CCGAGGGGAGGCGGCACCUGGGCGGCGGUGAUGUCAACCCGGCGCUGGGCUCCGUCCCGGGCUCCUGUCCGCCGCCUAGGGCGCGGGGCGACCGCCCGCGGAGCAGCGAUCAUGGCAGCCGGGCCGGCGCCGGGAGGCGGGACUGCAACUUGUGGAGCUCGGUGGCCCUCCGCCGCAGUACAGAACUUCUAUGGAUCAGUUUGCCAAGGGCGUGCAAGAUUGGAAGAGCUGAGAAAAAUCAGCGUUGAACUCGAUUUUUUUAUAAAGCUGGAGUUUGCCCCUGACACGCAGGAAGAUGAUGAGCGACGCUAGUGACAUGCUGGCCGCGGCGCUGGAGCAGAUGGACGGGAUUAUAGCAGGUUCCAAAGCCUUGGAAUAUUCCAACGGGAUUUUUGAUUGCCAGUCUCCCACCUCUCCGUUCAUGGGCAGCUUGCGAGCCUUACACCUCGUGGAAGACCUGCGUGGAUUGUUGGAGAUGAUGGAGACAGACGAGAAGGAAGGGCUGAGAUGCCAGAUCCCAGACUCCACGGCAGAGACGCUGAUUGAGUGGCUUCAGAGUCAGAUGACAAACGGACAUCUGCCUGGGAAUGGAGACAUCUAUCAAGAAAGGCUGGCACGUCUGGAAAAUGACAAGGAAUCCCUCGUUCUUCAGGUGAGUGUGUUGACAGACCAAGUGGAGGCUCAGGGAGAGAAGAUUCGAGAUUUGGAGUUUUGUCUUGAAGAGCACAGAGAGAAGCUGAACGCCACUGAGGAGAUGCUGCAGCAGGAACUCCUGAGCAGGACCUCGUUAGAAACACAGAAGCUGGAGCUCAUGGCCGAGGUCUCUAACUUGAAGUUAAAGCUGACAGCUGUGGAGAAGGACAGACUGGAUUAUGAAGACAGGUUCAGAGACACGGAGGGGCUCAUACAGGAGAUCAGUGAUUUGAGGCUGAAAGUGAGUGAAAUGGAUACGGAAAGACUCCAGUAUGAGAAAAAACUCAAGGCGACGAAAGACGAACUGACAUCUUUAAAAGAGCAGCUGGAAGAUAAGGAUUGUGAAGUCAAGAGACUGCAGGAGAGACUGGUGUGCAAGGCCAAAGGAGAAGGGGUGGACGUCCUCGAUCGAGAUGAAAAUAUUAAAAAGAAGCUCAAGGAGAAAAACAUUGAAGUACAAAGAAUGAAGAAGGCGGUGGAGUCCCUGAUGGCAGCCAAUGAAGAGAAGGAUCGGAGAAUAGAAGAUCUUCGGCAGUGCCUGAACAGGUACAAGAAAAUGCAGGACCCCGCAGUUCUGGCCCAAGGCCAGGACGGUGAGUGUGACGGUCUGUUCCACUCCAGCUCCAUCUCCACCCUGUUGGAUGCCCAGGCCUUCAGUGACUUGGAGAGGAGCACCUCUUCCACGCCAGGGAUGGGGUCUCCCAGCAGGGACCCGUUCAACACGAGCGCUCCAGAAGAGUUUCACACCAGCGUCUUGCAAGCCUCCAUCCCUCCACUGUUGCCACCAUCCAUGGGUGUGGAGACCUCUGAAAAGUCCAAGUUGCCCGCGAAGCCUGAGACUUCCCUCGAAGAGAAUGAUGGAAAGACAAUCCUGGGUGCAGCCGCGGAAGCCCCGCCAUGCGACGGCCUUUCAACUUCAAGUCUGCAAAAAUCCAGCAGCCUGGGAAACCUGAAGAAAGAGACGUCAGAUGUCUUGGAAAAGGAGUCUAUCCAGAAGCCUUCAGAGGAUAAAGCUCCAGCUGACAGCCGCACAUCCGGGACCCUGCCCCCCAAGGCUCCGGGACAUGACGCCUCCGUGGAUGACAACCCCUUUGGCACUCGAAAAGCCAGGUCCUCCUUUGGCAGAGGCUUUUUUAAAAUCAAAAGUAACAAGAGGACAGCAAGUGCACCAAACCUUGACCGUAAACGAAGUGCCAGUGCACCCACCUUAGCUGAGACAGAAAAGGAGACAACUGAGCACCUAGAUUUGGCUGGUACAUCUCGUCCAAAAGGUUCACAGGGGACCGGUCCUUUCCAGAUGUCUCCACCAUCUCCAGAUGCCAGAAAGAAGUCCAGAGGAAUCAUGAGACUCUUUGGGAAACUCAGGAGAAGCCAGUCAACUACAUUCAACCCAGAUGACAUGUCCGAGCCUGAAUUCAAAAGAGGAGGGACGAGGGCAACUGCAGGCCCCAGGCUCGGCUGGUCUCGAGACUUAGGGCAGUCCAACAGUGACCUGGAUAUGCCAUUUGCCAAAUGGACCAAGGAACAAGUGUGCAGUUGGCUAGCGGAGCAAGGCUUGGGGUCCUACCUGAGUUCUGGCAAGCACUGGAUUAUAUCUGGCCAGACACUUCUUCAGGCUUCUCAGCAAGACCUAGAGAAGGAGCUUGGCAUCAAGCAUUCGUUGCAUCGCAAGAAGCUCCAGCUGGCGCUGCAGGCCCUGGGAUCUGAAGAGGAGACCAACUAUGGAAAGCUGGACUUCAACUGGGUCACUAGAUGGCUGGAUGACAUUGGCCUCCCUCAGUAUAAGACCCAAUUCGAUGAAGGGCGGGUGGAUGGUCGCAUGCUGCAUUACAUGACAGUGGAUGACCUGCUGUCCCUGAAGGUUGUGAGUGUGCUGCAUCACCUCAGUAUCAAAAGGGCCAUCCAAGUCCUGAGGAUCAAUAACUUCGAGCCAAACUGCCUGCGGAGGCGGCCGUCCGACGAGAAUGCCAUCACCCCAUCUGAGGUCCAGCAGUGGACCAAUCACCGUGUGAUGGAGUGGCUACGCUCUGUGGACUUGGCAGAAUAUGCCCCCAAUCUCAGAGGCAGCGGAGUCCAUGGAGGCCUCAUGGUUCUUGAGCCUCGUUUUAAUGUGGAAACCAUGGCUCAGCUGUUGAACAUUCCACCAAAUAAAACCUUGCUGCGCAGACAUUUGGCCACCCAUUUCAACCUUCUGAUUGGUGCCGAGGCCCAGCACCAGAAGCGGGAUGCCAUGGAGUUACCAGAUUAUGUACUGCUAACAGCCACUGCCAAAGUGAAGCCAAAGAAACUGACCUUUAGCAACUUUGGGAACCUGAGGAAGAAGAAGCAAGAAGACGGAGAGGAAUAUGUUUGUCCCAUGGAACUGGGCCACGCUUCAGGGAGUAGCUCCCAGAAGGGGUUUAGAACUGGCUUGGACAUGCGUCUGUAUGAAGAGGAUGAUUUGGAUCGGUUAGAACAGAUGGAGGAUUCAGAAGGGACGGUGAGGCAGAUCGGUGCGUUCUCCGAAGGCAUCAACAAUCUCACACACAUGUUGAAGGAAGACGACAUGUUUAAAGAUUUCGCCGCCCGCUCCCCCAGUGCCAGCAUCACAGAUGAAGACUCCAAUGUUUGACCGGAGCAUCCGGGCAGGGUCAGGCGUACAGAUGUCGUUUUCCAACUCUGUCUUUCAAUAGAGAGUGCGACAGGUGGCAGGUUGUGCAUUGUUAAUUGUCCCAACUUCUGCUCACUCAAAAGUGGGGCUGUCACGCAGGGGAACAGUGCCAAUUCUGAAGGAACACGAGACGCUGGUGAACAGAAGUCUGCUCGCUCUGCCUCUAUUUAAUGUAAAGUCUGUGAUAUAUUCUAUUUAACGUGUUGCAUUUAAGGUUGGGUGUUUUGCCAGAGUGCUUCAUUCACAUCCCCAGGACGGAGGUCUGGCCACAUCAGUGUUCCCUGCAGCCGUCUGAACUGAACGUGCUGCUCUCCAGACUCCAGUGAUCACCACAUCUGGUGCCGCUAAGUGCCACGCACCUCCACUGGCCUCUGACUGUCUUAUUUUUAUAUAUUUUUCUAAAUAUGUGUGUAUAUAUACAGUAUAUAGAAAACAGAACUUUUAUUUUGUGACACAGGAUCCAAAGAUCGUAUUAAAAACAAACCCCAGUGUUCUCAAUUUUUAUACACCAGCAGAUUCCUGAGGAUCUCAGUCCCCUUUUCCCUCCAUUGAUACAUUUUCACGUGACGUACACUUCUGUGAUCCCCACAAACUCACAGAGCAGUUUAGAAGCUUCAGCUUUAAUCUUGACCCCGUUUGCUUUAUCAUAGAUCUUUGGAUGCCCUUAUACCCCUCAGGAAAGUUUCUGUUAGAGUGACUUUGGAAAAACCCAAACCAAAACAGAACCUUUGCAUAUCAAGUCUCUCGUUUUCUUCUUUGCCGAAUGCACCAUGAUGCGAACCUAAGGAGCACACCUCGCCACACCAGCUGUACCUUACACUCACACGGUCAGCUUAGGGGGCUCCACGUGAUUUCAGUCAGGAUCCAAUACUCUGAAGCUGCAGAAGAAUGUUUUCUAAUGGUUUUCCUGUCCAGUGGCAUGCUGCUCAUGUUUUCUGUAGCACACGGCCCUAAAACUCUUUGUAAAGAAAAGAGAAAACUGAGAGCAGCUGUUCCUGUGGCAUGUGUGUGUGUGUGUGUGUGUGUGUGUGUGUGUUUUCAGCGGUGUUGGGGACAAUCUGUUUUUCAUCCAGGACUACACACAACGAGACCAACUGUGUACAGACAGGAGCUCCCACACUGGGAUACAGGGGGCAGUUUGGUGUAUGGUAAUAGAUUUGGUGAUAACCAUUUCUAAAUGUGAGUGGUAUUCCUUCUAUAUGCUCAGCAGAUCAUGAAGCUGUUCAUUGUGAAGGUUGUAACGCCAAUCUUUAUUUCUGACUGAAAUUAUCUGAUGCUAACCCUGAUUUCCUUUGAAUGCUCCCGUUCAUGAUUGAUGACGUUAUUGGCUUCUUCCUGUACUGGGAUUUUAGUUUAACAUGAAUAAAUAUCACCAUUUGAAAAGCUCAAUUUGUUAUUAGACCCUGGUUGAAAAUGCCAGCAGACUGGUACAGAUGCCAAAUACUCUUUAUUAAGGACAAUGCAACAACCGAUUAUAUGUGAUAAAGAUAAAAACUUUUGAUUAUAUAUUUUAUUUACGAAAGUAUUAUGCACUGUUGGCGUUUCCUUAUGAAAAGAAAUAAAAGUCAAUUGAUAACUG